AUGGCACACUUCGGAGACGGCGAGCCAUAUUUCGGCGGUGGUAUUGGUGCUGCCGGCACCAGCUCUUUGACGGACCUCAUCUCGUCACUGUGGGGAAGCAGCGAACCCGACCCCACGACGACGCAGUUGCCUUAUCAGGCCCCUGCCGGUCUGUUAUCCAUCCUGCAGAAUUUCAAACAACCAAUCGCGCCGCCAGUUACCAUCGAUACCAAGAGGCCUGACCCUGCGGCCAACGUCGAUCGGAUCGAGUAUUACACGCCCGCAACUCCCGUACGUACCAUACGUACCAAUAUACCAGACCCCGUGAAACAAACCGAUGGGGUACGGCAUGAAACGGAGCACAAUAUCCCGGCCACGCUGCCACGUAAGAAUGUACGGCCGGCCACUGGUGGAUCAACAGCAAACAGUGGCCAACGCGAACCUCCUCCGCCGUCCUUCAAGGAAGUCACAACCGGGAUGAGGUUCAGAAAGCUGAAGCCGUCAGAAGAAUCGAAUCAAAGGGAAUUCGACAUAUCAAAAAUGAAGGCCGAUCCACCGACGACGGAUUUGGAGAGAUCGAACAUUAACGGCGAUGUAGCAAGAGAGGAUUUGGGCAGAUCUAGCACGAUGCAGAGCGCGGAAAGAGUACAAAUGCGGGCCGCGGAAGAAGUCCGCCUGAUUCAUAUCGUCAGGAUCGCCGCUCACCUCCUGCACGCGCAAAUCAUACCCAUGCGGCGGCCGGACAGAGUUCAUCUGGGCAUCGUCGCGAUUCGGCUGAACGGUCCGAAACUGUACCAUCCAAUCACACGAACUCGGAGAGCAGAAGGAAUCCUAGGGGUGCGCAUCCCGAACGGCAACACCUCAUUCCGUCUAGUCCGCCGCUUCGACCCGGCAAGCGAGAAUAUCGCAACAAAUCGUCCGACGCGCUUGCCGAAAUGUCUUCAGCUAGUGGAAUUGGUCUACGCAAAGAUGUUCGAAGAGGAUUGGAUGCGCGAGACGCAGCGCCGCGUGGAAGCGAUCGAAGCGUCCUCCCACCUCCGCGCCGUCGUCAAAGCCGGAGCCCAGACCGUCGCCCGUCUUCCGGUCAGACGACGGGUAUAUUCGUCGUUGAGCGCGGCGGACGGGUUGUAA